ACAAAGUAAACGACAGAAUGUCGUAUCAAUUAUAUCGCAACACCACCCUGGGCAAUACGCUGCAGGAGAGCCUCGACGAAUUGAUACAGUAUGGUCAAAUCACGCCCGCAUUGGCUUUUAAGGUUUUGCUGCAAUUUGACAAAAGCAUCAACAACGCAUUAAACCAAAAGGUGAAGGCUCGCGUUACCUUUAAGGCGGGCAAGCUAAAUACUUACCGCUUCUGCGACAACGUCUGGACACUGAUGCUUAACGAUGUGGAGUUCCGUGAGGUACACGAAUUUGUCAAGGUGGACAAGGUCAAAAUUGUGGCCUGUGAUGGCAAGAGCGAUUAUAACUAAGAUGACUACGUGUGUGAAUCGCGAUGCAUUCUAAUUUUUAGGUUUUUAAUAAUUAAGUGAACUGGUGUUCGAUGAAUACAUACGACACCACGGAUUGGGGCAGUUGAUAAUUGAUUCAAAACGCAAUUGUUAACGUCGUUGAAGUGUUGGGAUGGGCACAUACAUACAUACAACUAAAAUAUUAAAUUUUAUAAAACGCCAAAGCGGAAAUAG